AUGGCCAGCAAUAACAGUUCCAACACUGAAACCAGCGCUCCUGGGAGGCAGAAAGCAGACUUCAAGGCAACUGUAUGGGGAGACUUCUUCAUCACCCAUGUCUUUAGUGACCAAGAGACCGUAGAUGGGUGGAUCGAGGGGAUAGAGGCGUUGAAGGAAGAGGUGAUUAAGGCGAUGAUGAUGUCAACGGAGAAGCUGCAUCUGAUCGAUGUGGUGGAGCGGCUGGGGAUCGGUUACCAUUUCGAAGCGGAGAUUGGAGAGCAGCUCCGACAGGUUUAUUGUGACGGGACCAGUCGUCGCAAUAGAGAUGAUAUCAUUAGUGACGAAGAUGGAGACCACCUCUUCACGACUGCGCUUCAGUUCAGGCUGCUCAGACAACACGGCUACAACGUGCCUUGUGAUAUAUUCAACCAAUUCAAGAACGAAGAAGGGACGACCUUUAAGGAAGAACUAGGGAAAGACAUCAAUGGGUUGAUGAGCCUUUAUGAAGCUGCAUUUCUUCAGACGCAUGGAGAGACGAUACUGGAAGAAGCUGUCGAAUUCGCAGGAGACAACCUUCGCAACUACUACUUCAGGGUGGAUCGUGGUGAUGAAGAUGAUGAUAAUCGGAUACUGUCCAAAAGAAUUGCUCAUGUGUUGGAAAGGCCGCUGCGCAAAGGCGCUCCAAGGCACGAACAGCUCUUCUUCAUCACGGUAUACGAGCAAGAGAAAGGUCACAACAAAACCCUUCUCAACCUCGCCAAAUUGAGUUGGAACCAUUUGCAGAGCAUAUACCAACAAGAGAUUAGGGGCAUUAGCAAGUGGUGGAUCGAUUUGGACUUCGCCACGAGGAUAUAUUUCGCUCGGGACAGACUGGUCGAGAUAUACUUCUGGGCGAUCGGAAGCAUGUGGGAGCCCAAAUAUGCACUUUCGAGAUACUUCUUAACGAAAAUCACCAUACUCAUAUCCGUGACCGACGACAUGUACGAGGAGCGUGGUAAACUUGACGAACUUGAGUUGUUUACCUCUACAGUCGAGAGAUGGGACACCAGCAUGAAAGAUCUCCCAGGCUACAUGAGAACUUUGUUUGAGGCGCUUAGUGAUGUGGUGGAUGAAAUAGCCACAACUACGACCACACAAGGAAGACACUACUGCGGAGACUAUCUAAAGGAGGCGGAAAAGUAUAUAAUGAGAGCAUACCUCUCACAUGCAAGAUGGUUCGCCGCCGGGGAAGUGCCGACGGUGGAGGAGUACAAGCGUGUCGGCAUUCAUUCCUCGGCUUACCCGCCGUUGGCAUGUGCAGCCCUCUGCGGUUUGGGUGAGAAGGCCCCAAAGGAGGCGUUCGAAUGGUUGCUGUCGGACCCAAAAAUCUUUGUCGUGGUAUCUGAUCACUGUCGCCUCAUGGAUGACAUCUUAGCUCAUCAGUUCGAGCAGAAAAGUGGGCACGGGCCUUCGAUGGUCGAGUGCUACAUGAAGCAAUAUGAAGUGCCUAGAAAUGAAGCGGUGAAAGCAUUGAAGAAAAUGGUGAAGGAUGACUGGAAGGAGAUCAACAAAGAGUGUCUGAUCGACCAGCCGAGUUUCGUCUCUAAGGAAAUUAUUUCGAUGUUGGUCGGGCUUGCAAGGAUGAUGGAAGUUUUGUACACGGAAUUUGAUGGCUAUGGCACCUCCGACAGAGUCACGAUAGAUAUUGUGAGGGCUGUUCUCGUCACUCCUAUGGUUAUAGUGGACGAUGUCUAG